UUGCCCGGAGCAGGCGCGAGGGGCGGAGUUUGGCGAAGACAGCGAAGGGGUCGCCGCGGCUCCCGCUCUACGGGUCGGCGGCUCCCUCGGGCGCUGCUGGGCAGACGUGGAGUCCGCAGGGCGGGUGACCGCGGUCCCCAGCUGGCACGCUCGACUGCGGGUAGAGUCGACAUGAGUGCUGCGGGACUGCUGGCUCCAGCCCCGGCUGGAGCGCCGCCGGCUCCGGAGUACUACCCUGAGGAGGACGAAGAGCUGGAGAGCGCCGAGGACGACGAGCGCAGCUGCCGGGGCCGCGAGUCCGACGAAGACACUGAGGAUGCUAGUGAAACUGACCUGGCAAAGCAUGAUGAGGAAGACUAUGUAGAAAUGAAGGAACAGAUGUAUCAGGAUAAGUUGGCUUCUCUCAAGAGACAGUUGCAACAACUGCAGGAAGGUACAUUACAGGAAUAUCAGAAGAGAAUGAAGAAGCUCGAUCAGCAGUACAAGGAGAGGAUACGGAAUGCAGAGCUCUUCCUCCAGCUGGAAACUGAACAAGUGGAGAGAAAUUAUAUCAAAGAAAAGAAGGCAGCAGUGAAAGAAUUUGAAGACAAGAAGGUUGAGCUGAAGGAGAACCUGAUCGCUGAGCUAGAAGAAAAGAAGAAGAUGAUCGAAAAUGAAAAGCUAACUAUGGAACUGACUGGAGAUUCAAUGGAGGUGAAACCCAUCAUGACCAGAAAGUUGCGGAGGCGACCGAAUGAUCCUGUCCCCAUCCCAGACAAGAGGAGAAAGCCUGCUCCAGCCCAGCUAAACUAUUUGUUAACAGAUGAACAGAUCAUGGAAGAUCUGAGAACGUUAAAUAAGCUGAAGUCACCCAAGAGACCAGCAUCCCCAUCCUCUCCUGAACACUUACCUGCCACACCUGCAGAGUCUCCAGCUCAGAGAUUUGAAGCCCGGAUAGAAGAUGGCAAAUUGUACUAUGAUAAAAGAUGGUACCACAAGAGUCAAGCCAUCUAUCUAGAGUCAAAGGACAACCAGAAACUGAGCUGUGUGAUCAGUUCUGUUGGAGCCAAUGAGAUCUGGGUGAGGAAGACAAGUGACAGCACCAAGAUGAGGAUUUACUUGGGCCAGCUUCAGCGAGGGCUCUUUGUGAUCCGCCGGAGUGUGAAUACAUGCACGUAACCAGCAUCUAGACUAAGAAGUAGCAUCACCAGCAUCCACGUAACCAGCAUCCAGACCAAGAGACAUCACCAGCAUCCAUGCAUCCGGACCAAGAGAGAGCUUCGCCAGCGUGCAUAUAGCCAGCAUCCAGACCAAGACACAGUUACCUGUGUCCACGUUGUCAGCAUCUAGACCAAGAAGUAGCAUCACCAGCAUCCAUGUAACCUGCAUCCAGACCAAGAGACAGCAUCACCAGUGUCCACAUCCAUGAGCUCCAUAGGCUUUCCUCCAGUUAUCACUCCUUGCUAGAGUAACUGCUAGACUGACAAGUUUUCUGUUUCAAUCACCUUAGCCUUCAAACUCUCGAGCUCUGUGGGUCCUUUCAUGGUUGUUCUAGACGAGCCAAGUCCCUGGUAUAAACCAAGGGACUGCUGACCAGACAUGCCAGAGCCUACCGCAAAGGAUGUGGUUACGUGUGAGAGGCUGGAAAACAGACUCAGGUCAACUACAUCAUCCUACUGUUUCUUACCAGGGCAGAUGGGACUUGUCCUUGAUGUUAAUAGCUGCCUUUUAUUGGGUUCUUUUUAUAUGUCAGGCACUAGACUAAAACCUUCAUAGGAGUCAUUUUCUUACUUAAUCCUGGUGGACAUUUGUGGAAGUACUAAUCACUUCCAAACUUCAGGCUGAUUUAAUAUCAUCAAGGCUUAAUUCUCCCAUGAAACCCAGAGCUCUGCCCUUGCCUGGUCCUAGUAAGUGCUCCAUGAAUGUUAGUUGUCAAAUAGUGUGAAAUGACAGGCAGAGAGAGGCAGAUUGGUUAUUAACGAAGGCUCCAGUUCCCUCACCUGCGUUAUUUCAUUGAAGCUUUGUAACAACCCCGGAGAAGAUGUACUGUGGUUCCCACCAGUUUUCAGAGGAGGAAACAGACUCUGUUAGUCACAGGAGAUGGUUCCAUAAGGUCUCCAAGGUCACUCACUGAGUGGUUGAGUCCAGAUCUUUCUGAUUCUGAGCUUUCCCAGCUACUACCCUUCUCUGUCCUUUACCAACCCCUUCCGUUCAAGUCACAUUCAACAUUUUCUCCUUUCUCUUUCAGUACUUCCCUGGGCGUUGGCAGUCUGUCUGCUCUCACCUCUUGUAUACACCCACAGAGCACCUGUUAGAGGUAAAAACACUAUUAUUUGGUAGGACCCUUCCCCUUGCUGAAUAACUCUCGGUUUCUCCCUGUAGAAACCCAGAGUUGAGACAGUUAAGUUCUUGGCCAAGAGGUUGCUUUCAUUGAAAGGGCGUGAGUAUGACAGUUCUACAAAGGAAGGAUCUGUUUAGAAGGUAAAGAGUAAUUGAUCUUGAUGGAGCCCACUUUAUCUAAUCAGCGGCAUGAGAGACUUCGGAAGAAAACACGUCUUUGUUUUUGCAGCGCACUUUCUUUCUGCUUCUCCUGUCGUCUGAGUGAGGAGCAGGGUAGGAGCCAUUGGACUGGUUUCUGAAGACAUAGAUGGGGAGCUGAAUGUCCUGCAUCUUGCUGCCCUCUGGAUGUCGGUGGACCUUUCCACAUUGUGUCCUGUAGCGUCACCAGCUGGGAGAGCACAUAGCUAGCUGUGGCCUGCUGCCAACCACCUGCUCAGCUCCAGCCAGCAACCUGUGUAACCAUGAAACCUGGGGUUUGCAGUCUUUGGACAGAAGCAGGAGUGCAACCAAUUUCAGGCCUCUGUCACUAGUGUUAGACUCCCCCCAGAGCUCUGUUUUUGGUAAGCACCUUCCCUGAUUUUAAAAAGAAGGCACUAGAAGGAAAGAACUAGAAACGUAGGCAUCAGCUCACUCUUUCUGGACGUAAUAACAGCAAGAAAUGUAUUAGCUUUAGGAACUUUAGUGGUAAUUGGAAUAGAUAUUUUUGUGAAAACCUAUGAUUAGUAAGACAAAGAUAUCUACAUGUGUAGGAGGACCCCUGGGGGAGUGAGGUAGAUAAGAUACCUCAUAGGUACCUAGGUGUUUAAUCCUUUUACCCAUUUUCCCUAAUCUGCAUCUGCUCAAUUCCCUGAAAGACAGAGGUCUAUAAAAUGGCAAAAUUUGUUUUAGUGAUAGGGGAAGAUCAAUAAGCAGAACUGUGAAGAGUCUGCCCCAUUUUCAGGAGUUGGAGAGUCAGCAGCUGUGUUCUGGUUUUCUGUGGGCUAAUGCUCAGGUCUGUGGGCGUCACCUCUCUGUGCCCAUGGCAUGGGGGAGGGAGGAGCAGGGAUGAGGGCAGGCGCUAUUCCAGAGCCAGCUAGGAGAGCAGCACUGGUAGGUGCCGAGGGUGGGAGUACAGCAGCCCAUGGAUACAGGCAAGCCCCUGCAGAGAAUCAGGGAUCGCUUAUUUCACCGUCAAAAAUGUGGUGUGUUGACUGAGACCAAGUGUGGCAGAGCAGGCUUUGCAAUUAGUAUUUGAAUCCAGGCUUUGCUGCUUAACUAGCUGUGUGACCUUGGGCAGCUUAAUCUCUCUGAACCUCAGUUCCCUCAUCUAUUAGAUAUAAUAUCCACCUCAGAGCAUGGUUUUGAGGAUUCCGAUAGUAACAUGUAAACUACUUACUUUAUGCUAAGUAUUUUACACAUACUAGUUUACAGAGUCCUUAUAAUCCCACGAGGCAGGUGGUGGUAUAAUCCUCACUGUGCAGUCUAGCAGAUGGAGAGACAGGUUAAGGAACUUGCCCAAGGUCACACAGCUAAGAGAUAGUGAGCUGGGGUGCUGAGCCUAGGCAGUCUCUCCAGAGCCCCUGCUCUCACUCGCUGUCCUGUACUGUGAGGUAUAUGUAGCACAGGACUGGAUACGGGCAGUGCCUACUCUGUGGAGACUGUCCCUUGCAAUGUCAUUGCUGCUGCCAUCUGCCUGCUCCCUGUCCUUGAGUGUUAGUGUAAGUGGCACAUCCUAGGAUCCCAGAACGAUUCCUGGUAACUAGUUCAGCACCAAGAGCCUGUGAAGAUAAUGCUAACCAUCAGCUCCAUGUGGGUUGUGAAUACCCAGUGUGCUGGGUUGAGAAGGAACCUGAGCCCAAGUUUUGGGUAGAGUGGGAAGGAGCAGCCUAAUCAUUUAUUUACUUUUGCCUACCGUGAGCAAGGGAGCCUAUUUGUCCUCCCUAAUUUAGCCUGACCCCAUUCAUUUUGAAGAUGAAAACAUCUCAGGCCCAGAGGUGAUAGUGAUUUGCCUAAGGUCAUAUGGCUAGCUCUGGGCAGUGUGUGAUCAGACAAUGGUUGGGACAAUCUUUUGCAUACCUACUUGUGUCAGACUCUUUGGGCAAGUGGGACAGCCUGCCUUGUGGCCUGGCUAAUUGUUGUCUCACUGGGUUCAUGUUUGCCUCGUAGAGGUGAUGAGGGUCCUGGGUUUGUAAUCCUGGUUUCGGCCACUCAUUAACCUUGGGACAUUUACUUAGCAUCUGUGUGCUUCAGUAUUAAGGCGUAUGCAUUCCUAUGUGCCUGGGACUUUUUUGGGUUUAGCGCUGAAAUCCUUGCAUCCCAGAAACCUCCUCAGAUCCUGGCAAACUGGGACAGCUGACACUCAGUUUCCUCCUCUAUAAAAUGGGGAUGAGAAUUGCUCCUUUUCCAUGGAGCUGCUUUGAGGAUUAACUGAUUAAUUUUGGGUAAAGCACUGAGAAGUAGUGUUUAGGACAUAGUAAGUCCUCAGUAUAUGUUAGUUGUUUAUUGUUGUGCUUGUUUUCAUGAUUUUGGGAGCAGAAGGGUCCCUGGCACAGAAUGGGUUCCUGGAGAGCUCUAUUGUCAUCAUCCCAGCCAUCAUGCCUUGAUCAUCUGGUCACCUGUAGCCAAGGGCUUGGGAUAUUUUCCUUCUACUUGAAGUAGUCAGUAAUAAUCCUGAGCCUGAGAAUGUCAUAGUCACUGUAGUCAAUUCAUAUGACACUUGGGGAGCAUCUGUUGCACAUGACAUAGUUUACUAGCCUGUUUUUGGGGAUUCAGAGAUAAAAGCGUAGUUGCUUCUGUCUGGGACAGUGGGAAUGGGCAGCCACGGUUGUCAGUAAUUCUAGUUUAAUACUGUAAUACGCAUGGAGAAAGUGGGACUGAAAUGUAGGUGAGAGAGAAAAUAAUAGCAGCUGACAUUUAUUGAGCAGAUUGUUAAGGCUUCGUGUACAUUAUCAUUUAUUGUUUAUGUAACCCUGUGAGGUUGUUAUUGCAUAUCUGUAUUUUUACAGAUUGGGACAUCGAGGUUUUGAGAGGUGAAGAAACUUGCCUCAAGUUCAGCCAACUCAAUUCCAAAGCAGGUCUCACUGACCCAGAGUCUAUAUUUUUUCUUUUUUUUUUUUUUUUUUUGUCUUUUUAGGGCCACACCCACAGCAUAUGGAGAUUCCCAGGCUAGGGGUCUAAUCCUAGCUGUAGCUGCUGGCGUACACCACAGCCAUAGCCAUGUCAAAUCCGAGCCACACCUGUGACGUAAAUCACAGCUCACGGCAAUGCCGAUCCUUAACCCACUGGGUGAGGCCAGAGACUGAACCCAUAACCUCAUGGUUCCCAGUCGGAUUUGUUUCCGCUGUACCAUGAUGGGAACUCCCAGAGUCUACAUUCUUACUAACCACAAAUGCUUUAUAAUUUCUUCUGAACGAAAAUAAAAUUUGAGUUUGGUCUGAAAGCUAGGCAGGCCUCAAGCAGUAUCUGUGGCUAGGAAUGGGAAAUGACAUAGAAGAAAUGGUUUGAGUGAAAGCAUGGAGAUGGGAGAGUCGGGGAGUGUUUAAAAAGUCAAAGAAGUGUGUGUUCAACAAUAAAUCUGGAUGAAUGAGCUUUGAACUUUAAAGCCAGUUUGCUCCCCAGUCCUGUAUCUUUUUGUCCUUCCACACCUGGGGCUCCCCUUUCUUGCUUGUCUCCUGUUCUCCAUCUGCCUGGUCCACCCUGUCCCCCCGCCUCCCCCUUUUAUAUCGCCAGUGCAGUGGCUCGUGGCAGUCCUGCGGUGACGCUUUCCAAUUUCACACUUACAUGCUCCUGAAAGUAUUCGUAAACUAACUCAUAUGUAAAACCAAUAAAGGGUAAUGGCACACA